AUGCCUCGUGCUGUGGCAGCUGCUCACACCACUCCAGCUAACGCUCUUGGUGGUCACUGGACAAGCAACAACAAAGGGUGGAUGACAGAGACUGUCUUCUGCGAUUGGCUGCUUGAGUUCAAUCGGCUGUUUCGCCGCAAAGGCAAGAAAGUUCUUUUUUGCCUUGAUCAUGUCAAUGUUGUGUUUCUCCCUCCCAACACGACCAGCAUUAUUCAGCCAUGCGAUGCUGGCAUUAUUAACGCAUUCAAGCUGAACUAUCGCCGCUUGAUGCUGAGGAAAGUUGGCGGGCUAGUUGAUAAUCCCACCAUUGAAAAGCUGGACACCAAGGCCCUGAAAAAGAACAUCAACAUGCUCCACUGCCUCCAGUAUGCAAAAGAUGCUUGGCAGUCUGUGACAGCGACCACUGUUCAGAAUUGCUGGAGAAAGGCUGGGUUCUCUGCUGACAUGCAAGCCACUGAGGACAACACUGUCCCUGAAGUCCAGUCUGAGCUUGCCCAGGACAUCCAAGAGCUUUCAGAACUUGACAAGGAUGCACCCGUCUACAUGCAGCCAUCUGAAAACGCAGAGCAAAUUGUGCAGGUGAUUGCCGAGGAGUUGACCAGCAACGAAGCUGAAGCUGAAUCUGAGGAUGAUGAUGACGAGGGCGGUGCCAGUCCCACUGCAGCUGUCCAACCAUCCACAUUGGAAUUGUUCCAGGCUUUGGAUGCAUUGCGUUGUGGUCUGAAUGCUGGAAAAGCUGACGAUCGCCUUCACCACCAUGUUGCGGAGAUUGAGAACUUCCUCCUGUCUAAGAAGGCUUCAAGAGCACAGCAAACACCGCUCACUCAAUUCUUCUCAAAUCAAUCACAAUCAAAACCGCCUCCCAAUGUGGAUUGGAUUUCUGAUCACGAUCCGAUUGCAAUCCAGUUGCAAGUGUGGACAGCGUUGCAGUCAGAUCACGAUCCAGUUGCCAGUGUGGACAGGUCUUUACAGCGGUGA